AUGUUCCGACCAACGGAAGUGCCGUCGAACCCGCCUAUCAGCUUGACAGACUUCGAGAAAUUCAAGGCGGGGUUCAAGCCGACGCAGCCCGAGGAUGGAUGGGAGAUCAACUCAACCUACCUCAAGGAGAAAGAUGCCUGGAGCGUCAAUUGGGCGAGGAUGGCUUUCGGUCAUUCGCAUUAUGUGUUCGUGAUAUUACCUGCCUCGGCUCAUGGAAAGGGGCUAUCAAUUGAAUCGCUCAUCUACGAAUCGCGCACGGCUGCUCGUAUCAACAUCACAGAAGAAAUGGCAAUAAAAGAGGCAAUAUUUCGUGCGCGAUAUGACCUGGGAUUUGAGAUCGAAGCGCAUCCAAACAUUAGCUUUGAUGAGGUGUUCCAGUACACUUUUGACAUGGUGUAUUGA